GUUGAAGAAGAAGUUGAAUCAUGAAAUGGACAAUUCGGCGGUGGAGAAAGGAAGGCAACCAUUAGAAUAUUCUGCGAUUCGUAAUUCGAUAUCAAACGAGAGGGCUCAAAAUCUUAAUGGAGUUUUCAUUCAUAAUUGGUGGUUGAAAUUCAUCCAGGAAAGAUAAACUUCCCCCAAUCCUUCCAACUCUCAUGCACUCCAUGUGAUAACUCCUCCUUCGUUACGUAGCUUUCCAUUUCCCUCCAUUUCUCAAAAUGGCCGUCUCUUCCGACUGCCGGAUUGCCCUAUCGGCCGCCGCACCUGCCACUUCACUGGUGGUCCGGAGGAAGUUGAGAUCUGUGGACUUCGGCAAUGGCGAAUUCAUGGGGAAGAAGCUCAAGGACCCGAAACGAGUACCGGCUGCUGCUACUGAGAGUGUUGGACGACGUGUUUGCAUGUCUCUCACGACUAAUGUAGCCAUUGGCGACGCCGUGUUGAGAGAAAUAGAUAUGGAGAAAAGGGACCCUCGGACUGUGGUGGCGAUCAUUCUGGGAGGAGGAGCCGGCACUCGUCUGUUCCCCCUCACCAAGCGGCGGGCCAAACCUGCUGUUCCAAUUGGAGGAGCAUAUAGGCUGAUCGAUGUGCCAAUGAGCAACUGUAUCAAUAGUGGAAUUAACAAAGUCUAUAUUCUCACUCAGUUCAAUUCAGCAUCAUUAAAUAGGCAUCUUGCUCGAGCUUACAACUUCAGUGGUGGAGUCACCUUUGGAGAUGGCUAUGUUGAGGUUCUUGCAGCCACUCAAACGCCAGGGGAGGCUGGUAAAAAUUGGUUUCAAGGUACAGCAGAUGCCGUGAGACAAUUCCACUGGCUUUUUGAGGAUGCCAGAAGCAAGAAUAUUGAAGAUGUGUUGAUUUUGUCUGGAGAUCACUUGUACAGAAUGGACUAUAUGGAUUUUGUCCAGAAUCAUAGGCAAAGUGGUGCAGAUAUCACUCUUUCUUGUCUGCCAAUGGACGAUAGCCGAGCCUCAGACUUUGGUCUAAUGAAGAUAGACGACAAAGGAAGGAUAAUUUCAUUCAGUGAAAAGCCUAAAGGACAGGACCUGAAGGCCAUGGCAGUAGAUACAACCAUUUUGGGACUCUCGAAAGAAGAGGCUCAGAAAAAGCCAUAUAUUGCUUCCAUGGGAGUGUAUGUCUUUAAGAAGGACAUACUUCUGAAUCUUUUAAGAUGGCGCUUUCCAACUGCUAAUGACUUUGGAUCAGAAAUAAUCCCUGCCUCAGCCAAAGAAUUCUUUAUAAAGGCUUAUCUCUUCAAUGAUUACUGGGAAGACAUUGGGACAAUUAGAUCCUUCUUUGAAGCUAACCUUGCCCUGACAGAGCAACCACCAAGGUUUAGCUUUUAUGAUGCUGCAAAACCGAUGUUUACUUCAAGAAGAAACUUGCCACCUACAAAGAUUGACCAGAGCAAGAUUGUAGAUUCUAUCAUCUCACAUGGAAGCUUCUUAAACAAUUGCUUUAUAGAGCACAGUGUCAUCGGCAUCCGGUCCAGAAUUAACUCUAACGUUCACUUGAAAGACACUGUGAUGCUUGGAGCAGACUACUAUGAAACUGAAGAAGAAGUUGCAUCUUUGUUAGCUGAAGGAAGAGUACCGAUAGGAAUAGGGGAAAAUACGAAAAUAAAGGACUGCAUUAUUGACAAGAACGCUAGAAUUGGAAAGAACGUGGUCAUUGCCAAUUCAGAGGGUGUACAAGAGGCAGAUAGAUCUUUGGAAGGCUUCUACAUACGUUCUGGCAUUACCAUCAUCUUAAAAAAUGCAGUUAUUGAAGAUGGAUUAGUUAUAUAAUAAACACGUUUAUCCCUCAUUGAUGAGCGUGUCGAUCUUUUAUUGAUUCGUAUUAUUUCUUGAGUUAUUUUUAAUUUUCAGUAUUACGUAAAAUAAGAAGGUAGAGGAUGUAACCUAACAACGAAAUAUAUCUAUGGAUGUCAUUCUUCUUCAACACAAUGACUACCAGUUUGGACUAUACAUUUAGCACUAAAAAAUGUAGAUUACGAUGUAUUUAA